AUGCGGCGUAAGGAUCGCAGUGUGUACGCAGAGCCCUCCCGAUCCGAAAGAAUUAGUGUCUACCGCGACUCCGAUUGCAAGGCUAUCUUCUCUGGACUUAACCACGGUCGGCUGCGCCAGCGGAAGGCUAUUGCGUCCGUCGUCCGCGAACGCGGUCUUUGGGUCCCCGGCUUUUCUACCGAACGCUUAAUUACCAUAUUACGGUCACUUCAGAAGGAUAGGAUAUUCGAGCAUUCCUCCUAUGCUUGCAGAUCUUUCCGGGAGCUCUUCCUAGACGAAGAACCCACAUCACCGGCGGCCGCCUCUGCUCCAGCCUCCGCGGCAGUUCCGGCCCAAACCGCGAUGGCUUCCAUCGGCCGGCCCCAGAAAGACCUCGUCGAAUCUCUCGAGAGGCUCUACACAACCGGGAUCUACUCAGAUCUGACGAUAUCCUUCGUUGCCAAAACCUAUCCCGUCCACCGCGCUAUUGAGUCUUCCGACGGCUCGAUCCACCUUCCAGACGACGAACCAUGCGUCGUCGAUAUGAUGAUGCAAUAUUUUUACCUCCUGGACUACCGACAAUCGCUCUACACAGACAGCCUUUUACAAUCGCCAGAGCUAGAGCCAAGCAAGGCUGAAAGCAUAACUUGUCUCCUUCUACACGCCAAGGUGUAUACAAUCGCAGAAGAAUAUGCCGUUGAUGGUCUCAAGGACCUCGCCGUAGCCAAAUUAAAGGUUGCUGCUGCACAAGCUUGGGACCCGAACGGUUUUUUAUAUGCGACUACCGAGGCCUACACCUCCACCAUCGAUACUGAUCAGGGUUUCCGGGACGUUGUUCUCGAGGCAUUCGCCGUGCAUAAGGAUCUGUUAGAUCAUGAUGAAGCCAAGACAACCAUCAAGAGCCUAGGCUCACUUCCCUAUGAUCUUCUUCUGUACUUCCAUCGGGAAGGGAAUUUCCGUUAA